AUGUCACUUCUUAAGAUCGAAGAUAUAAAAAAAUUGAAUGAUUUUGAACUUAAUAUUUUUUUAAAACAGAAAUUGCCAGAUAUUAAAAAUUACAUAGAUAUUAUCACAGACCAAGAAGUUGAUGAAGGAUAUGACGUCAAUGUGUUUGGACGAAAUUGUGCAAGCAGAGAAAAGGGUGUCGACAAUUUCAUCACACUUAAAAUUGCCAAAAUGAUUUACACAGAAAGUCCUGGUAUAUUGGUUUUAAUUGCCAGAGACAGUGAUUAUUAUGGAACAUUAUUGGAAGCUAUCGACUACAAUUGGAAGGUCGAGUUUUGGAAAUUGGGUAUAUUAAAUUCACUUAAUAAACACGAACCUACUGAUCUUUGUACAAAACAUUUGUCCCUGUGA